AUGGCUAAUAAGAGUAGGCCAAAAAAGACCAGGGUACCUUAUAGGAAGUAUGUUGCAGGUCAAGGAUAUAUUAAUUCAAUCGAACAUAGAACAGAAGUAGAUCUUGUUCUUGAAAGGGACCUAGAUGAAGAACUGGAAGGUCCAACAGAUCGGGUUGGGAGGUGUAAUCGAUCCACGAUUAAAGGCUCAGAAUUUACCGAUUUAAAUAUUGAUGAGAGUAGUAGCUUUAGUGGUUCAAAACCAAGGUUGGAAUCUGUUGCGGUGGAAAAUGCAACGCACCAAAAUUCAGGUCAAAUGGUUUUUCCCUGGGAACUUCAGCGUUUAAUAUUACAAAAGUGCGCUGAUAUACAACCUCGGUUCCUUUGUGUUUGUAAACGAUGGUAUUUCAUGUAUAUCCCAAUUAUUUACCGAGCACCAGUGCUGACGAGCAAAAAUUUCCUUCAGUUUGUUGAAUCAUUAGUUUCUGACCGAAAGAAGAAGCUUGGUGAGUUUGUAGUGGAAUUAGACCUAUCCACAAUUAUCCAGAGCGGGAAAAAUAGCUUUAUUUCUAAGCUGCUACGGCGUUGUUCGCCAAGUUUAGAGUAUUUUAUGGCACCUCAGACCAGUUUUGGACUUGCACCGUUAAUCUCCUUAAAAGCAUGUAAUAAGUUAAGGUUUCUGGAUUUGGGAUUACUAUCAGAGACUGUGCAUCUGAAAAACCUAUUUGAGGCGAUCAAAGGUUUCCCAUACCUAACCCACCUCUCGUUCCCCAGAUCUUCUAUACAGUGUGAAGGGUUUCGAGAGAUGGAGUGGCCGAAGAACUUACAGUGUCUAAAAUUGAGUGGGGGUAUAUCAAAUGAAUUUGUUAUGGACACUAAUUUCCCGCAAAGUAUUACAACUCUGGAGUUUUCCUACUGUCCUCAGGUUGAUGAGAAUGCCAUCUACACCAUCUUGUCUAAGGUUGGUGAUAAUCUAAAGCGCUUAUUGUUCCAUUAUCCAAUGCCGGCAUUGAAUGACAAUUCACUAGAUUAUGUGUUUCGAUAUUGUUCCAAUUUAGUAGAAAUACAACUAGUGGUUGAUUAUUGCUCAAAAUGGGUUUUUUCAGAAAACUUUCUAUUACGACAAGUUUAUCCAAGGCCAUUGAAAUGCAUUAACCUAGAGUGUAGUGGGUCUUUGGGCCAAGCGUUUAAAAUACAUCCAGAUGACCUUACUAUAGCUCUCGCUGAAGACAGGCUGCCUCGUUUACAAAGCAUUAGAAUUUCAAGUAAACUUGGAUGGGAUACUCCUAGUGACGAUUUAGAUGACCUGAUUUCUAUAUUUGAAGAAAAAGGGGGGAGUGUGUAUAUAGUUUAUUGA